AUGUUUCCCUUGAAAUCCGGUAUUCUCGGGUCGCUGUUGAAAAAUACCGAAUAUGACGAUUUGUACAAAGCGGCGGAGAAGGGUGACAUUCCUGGCAUGGCGUCUGUGCUGGAGGCGUACAAGAAGUCCGUGACUGUAAAUGGCAGUCCUCCAAAAUUGAUCCCGCUGAUUGGAGCUGCGGCAAACAACCAGGUCCGCGUGAUACAGUUUUUGUUGGGCAGGAAAGCGAGGAUCGGUUUGAGGAAUGAGAAAGGUAUGUCAGCUUUGCACGCAGCCGCGGAAAAGAACAAUACGGAUUCCGUGAGUGUGCUUUUGCAUGCGGGCAUUGAUCCUUCUGCGAAGGAUAAAUUGGGAAGAACUGCUUUGGAAAUAGCGAGGGAGAAGAAGUUCUACGACACGUGUCUCAUUCUGGAAACAUGGCCUUUUAUCAAGAGGAGUAUGGAGCAAAUGGCCAAGCUGGAAGAAAGUGCUAAGCUGAGAGUCCGAAGGCAUCCUGAUGUUCGAAAGUUCUUGGCCGAGUAUGAACGCAGGAAGAGUGAAAUAGAUCGAGAAAUAUUCGGGCCUAUUCCUGGAUCCAGUAGUAGAGGAAGCAGUAAAAGACCCAUGGGCAGCACUUCCGGUCAACAAUUGAAUGCCAGGCGGAAAGGGUCUCGUGAUCAGUUGUCCAACAAGGAGAAAGUGGCUAGGCGAAAGGUCGAUUCUGGUGACGAUGAUUCGUCCUCUUCGAGUGCUUGAAAGGAUCUUCAUUAUUCACUUACUCACUCAAGAGCUCAUGUUGAAAUUAGCAACAUGUAAUCGGACAUAAAAGCUAUAAAUUAAGCGAGGGAUUAAUGCGGGUCCAUCGUCAAAUUCUCAUUUGGUGUUCAUCUGACUGAUGCGAUCAACCAUGCCUUCUGGAUUCACAACUUCUGAGCAAACUGGAAAGAUUCCGAGAUCCAUACGCGCGAUAUUUUAAUGAACGUAAAAAAAGAAAUUGAACACUUCACGAAAUUAGUUAUUUCUAGAAAUGUACCUUUAUCAAUACGAGGAAUGAACGGCUCUUUUUCGUAUUCUCAAAUGUACUGUAUUCUCGUGGGCUUCCAUUUGUUGGAAUUAUUUCCUAAAACUAACUGUCGAUGCCAAUAAAAACCAUUGAAACUAUCAA